ACUCCAACUCAAAAGAAAAAAAAAAAAAAGAAUGGCCCAAUCUUGUGAUGGGGCUCAGCUAUUCCUAUGCUCCAGUUCCUCCUCAAUCUAAUUCUUAAUCUUCUUACCUACACAAUUAUGCAAACCUUGGCCCAUCCCCUUAGGUGCACAGGUAUGUGCACCAAAGAAGAAUCUAAUAUGCAACUUGUUUCCCCAUUUUAAUCCAGAUACUAUAAUGUUCUGUUCACUUAAUUUCUUCCAUGGUGUCAUCUCUUUUCCUAUGAAUGCAAAAUUAUUUUUACCCUCCUCCCUACUGCCUUGUACCCAGGUCCACAACUACAGUUCUUUUCCCAGGAAUAGCCCUUUUUCUAUUUGCUCGUUCAAGGAUUCUCACAGCUUUACAUUGUUACUAAGGUCUUAUGGAAACCGAAGCAAAGUGGCAAGAAUGGAAUGCAUUGGGGAAAAGAUUUAGGGUCCCUGGGAGCCAAGACUGUGCUAUAAAAAUGCGCUAGAAAAUGCUAUAAAAGCACAGAAGAGGAGUAUAUAAUUUUACAUGGGGAAAUCAAAGAUUCAAAGAGGAUGUGACAUUUGAAUUGAAGGAGCACUCCCAAUUCAACAGCUGGGAGUAGAGAGGAAGUUCCAAACCGGAAAAACAGAAUACACAGAGACCUGGCAGUGUAAAGUACAUGGUAUGUUCCAUAGGACAAAGUCCGUUUCUUAUUGUUGCUAGAGUACUGGGAGGCGACAAAGGUGGGAGAAAAUGAAACUGGAAGGAAUGGAAGACAUCAUCAGAGGAGCUCAAGAGCUUGAUAACAUAAUCAAGCAAGGAUACUUGGAGAAGAAAAGCAAAGAUCAUAGUUUCUUUGGAUCGGAGUGGCAGAAGCGAUGGUGUGUUGUCAGCAGAGGUCUCUUCUACUACUAUGCUAAUGAGAAGAGCAAGCAGCCCAAAGGGACCUUCCUCAUUAAGGGCUACAGUGUACGGAUGGCCCCCCACCUGCGAAGAGAUUCCAAGAAAGAAUCCUGCUUUGAACUGACCUCCCAGGAUAGGCGCAACUAUGAGUUUACAGCUACUAGUCCAGCAGAAGCCAGAGACUGGGUGGAUCAAAUAAGUUUCUUGUUAAAAGAUCUGAGCUCCUUAACCAUUCCAUGUGAAGAGGAGGAGGAUGAAGAAGAAGAAGAACAAAAAGAAGAAGAGACAUAUGAUGAUAUUGAUGGUUUUGACUCCCCAAAUUCUGGUUCCCAGUGCAGACCCACUAUCUUGCCUGGUAGUAUGGGGAUAAAGGAGCCUACAGAGGAGAAAGAAGAAGAAGAUAUUUAUGAAGUCUUGCCAGAUGAAGAGCAUAAUCUAGAAGAGGAUGAGAGUGGCACUCGACGAAAAGGAGUAGACUAUGCCAGUUACUACCAGGGCCUGUGGGAUUGCCAUGGUGACCAGCCAGAUGAACUGUCCUUCCAACGGGGUGACCUCAUCCACAUUCUCAGCAAGGAGUAUAACAUGUAUGGCUGGUGGGUGGGAGAACUGAACAGCCUCGUUGGGAUUGUUCCAAAGGAGUAUCUCACCACCGCAUUUGAAGUGGAAGAAAGAUGAAUCCCAGGGUGCUAAAGGAGAAGGAACCACUAGGUGGCAGCAUAUGAGCAGGUGAACCAAAGAGAACCAAAUGCCUCCGGUUUUAGGAGCCUUUGCACCAAUCCCAUCCCACAGGUAAGGACAAUGGCCAUUAUUCUAAACUGUUUUAACAGAGGGAGCAAACACAAACUCUUCUAUACCCCUCCUCUGCCACCCAGCUCUCUCCCACCUCCCCAUCCUUCCCUGAAGACCCAGGGACCCAAAUCGGAAAGGCUGGGUGGCUAAGAGGCCAGAAUAUCAUCGUGCCACGGCUCUGUGGCUGAAAGACAACAGAAAAGGGGAUACCAGAAAAUAAAGAGCAGGGAUGUAGGGCAGGAUAAGAAGCUGAAAAAAAAGGUCUGCAGGGCGCGGUGGCUGAUGCCUGUAAUCCCAGCACUUUGGGAGGUCGAGGCAGGCGGAUCACAAGGUCAGAAGUUUGUGACCAGC